AGGGGCAGCUCCCCCCGGCGGGCCCUUCCCCGCCCCCGCCAUGGCGAGCGGGAUGCUGUCAGGCGCGCAGCGGGCGCUGAUCCGAGAGAGCUGGCGGCGGGUGAGCGGCAGCCCGGUGCAGCACGGCCUCGUCCUCUUCUCCAGGUUGUUUGAUCUGGACCCUGACCUGUUGCCCCUUUUCCAGUACAACUGCAAGCAGUUUGCCAGCCCCCAGGAGUGCCUGUCCGCCCCCGAGUUCCUGGAUCACGUUAGGAAGGUGAUGCUGGUGAUUGAUGCGGCCGUGAGCCACCUGGAGAACUUGCCCUGCCUGGAAGAAUAUCUCUGCAACCUUGGCAAGAAGCAUCAGGCAAUCGGUGUGAAGGUUGAGUCUUUCUCGACCGUCGGCGAGUCCUUGCUGUACAUGCUGGAGAAAUGCCUCGGCGCUGCCUUCAGCCCGGAUGUGCGGGAGGCUUGGACCAAACUCUAUGGUGCUGUGGUGAAAGCCAUGCGGCGCGGCUGGGAGCCCCUCCCGGAAGGGGACUAGCCCAGCCAGCCUUCCCCGCCGCUGCCCUCGCAGCAGCCCUGUGCGGGGCAGGCGCUCACCUUCUCUCUGCCUCUCUCCGUCUUUCUCUGUGCACCAGCCCAUCUCCAUCUCCUCCAGCCACGUGUGCUUCAGGUCUCUCUCGGUAAUCCUGCCUUGCUUUGACACGACCACAUCUCUGCCUUUGCUGAUGGCCAGUAGGGUAUUUCUCCGCAGGGAAGCAUGGGAGCGACGCGGCACAGGUCCUCUGCCCUGCCCCAGGUUCCUCGGGGCCAGCUGGAGCACCAGCGCUGGUGUCUGUGCUCUGGUCUUCAGCUGGCUCCCCUCCCCUCCUCUCGCUGCCCACCCUAGUUAGAUGACAGCUGGAGGUGUCCUCAGAGGCUCAUUUGCCUGAGAUCCUCUUUGCUGUGCUCGAGACCUGCCGAGGCUGUCACCGCUCGCUUCUUGUGCACGGCUGUGCCCGCUUCAGCUGUGCAGGCGGCGGCUGGCUCGGCUCACUGCAGGGGCAGGGGUGGGUGCGGCCGUGUUGGGCAGCAGAGGCAGGAGCUGGCCGUGCAGUGCUGCCAUCCUUCCCCGUCCCUGCGGCGAGCUUUUACCUGCUCUCCUCACCCAGGUGUUGCUCCUGGUCCAUCCUGGUGCUCUCCCCGCUGGGUGGCACCCAGGGUCUUUCCCUGUGUAAGGUCGGUCACAGCUUACUGUGUCUCCUAGGGAUGUUUCAAGCAGUGGGGUCACGUUAAUGCCAAGGUAGGGCUGCUCUUAGCAGGUGUGGGCUGCUGUCUGGAAAGAUUUCUGUCUGCUUGGCUGGUUGGUUUUAACCCGAGAGCCCGCUGAAAUGCAGCAGCAGUGGUGGCUAUUUAAUGCUUUGUAUUGAGGAGAAUAAAGUAAAUACAAGAAACAAUGUCUUAGAAUAAAAAUGAAGGUUGCAAUCAUGUCAUGGCAACGGCUUCCAGAAAUGAUUCUGGCUCUCGGCCAGAGGAAGCAUAGCUGGAAUUUCUCUGCUGAUGCUGUCGGGACCUGGAGUGCUUCCCAGCUGCACACAAUGCCCAUCUGCAGAGCUUCCUCACCCUUCGGAAAUAACUCCCGCCGUACUUGAGACACAGCCACUUCAGGGUGGAGAAGGUGCCCCGUUAGCCGUGUGCAGCAGAGCUGCGUUAGGGCAGGAGCAAGAAUAAAGCACCUGCUGGAAGAAAUCCAAGGAAACGGCUGAGAGGCAGAGCCUGAUGGCUCUGCUGGGAGCUGAACUUGAGUGCUUUGGAGAAGAGGCCACCUUUAUGGGCAAGCUGCUGUGGAACUGGCAGAGCUGUGUUUCCAGCUGUCACUAGCCCCCAGGAUAUGGAGCAAGUCUUCAUCUACAGGCAGCUCCCUUUGCUGCUCCUUCAGGGCCGGAGGAGCUUGGCAUUCAGGGCUGCGCCGUCCUGCUCUAGUGACAUGUUUUGUCUGCACUGAAGUGUCUCUCCCUGGGGCAAGAUGGGGGAGCAGAGAGGUGUCUCAGCACAGCCACCCGUGCCAUCUUUGCUGUCCUCCCCCUGGUAGCAGGCUGUGCUCCUGCAGGCCCAUGGCAUGGUGUUGCGCAUCCUCCCCCAUGGCCCUCUGUCACCUGGCCCCGGUGGGGCCUGCAGCUUCCUCCCCGCUCUGGUCCGGGAACCAGGGAUGGAGGAGCUGGGGGGGAAGCGCUGGUACGGGGCAGCAGGGACUGGGGAUGGGGACGUCCCCUCUGCAGCCCUCAGCAUCACAGGGAGGAUCCUUCUGGCUCCACGUGGCACGUAGGCAGGUGGGUGAUGGAUGGGGUGCGUGCCGCUGCACCAAGUGAUCCCCUCUUCCUCUAGCUUUCCCAGCUCCUUGACUUCUCUUCUGUACCACGUUUUGUGUAACGCCUAGGAGAAAUAAACUAGUCCGUGUGCCUCUUAUACCCAGCUGUACUGUUCAAUAAAGAACAACAGUGAGCCUCUGCCCUUU